AUGGAGCAUCAGCACAAGAUAAAGCAUUACAGAACAUGGCUCAUGACAUUGCUCGUCCUUGCGCUGGUGGUGGUGAAUGUGACCGGCGCCGGUACCGACAAGCUGGAAAAGUAUGCAAUGCAAGAAGCGAUGGCCAAAGAACAUGUGCUAAAGAACAACAUGAUCCCGGAGCAGGAAUCGGCCGUAACGCUGGCGGAUAGUAAGAAUUUGACAGGUUCGUGGACGGCAAAGGCGAAACCGACGGAAUCCCAUGUUACCAGAGCGCCUAUCAACAACGGAAACAACUUGCCGCGUACGGGGAAAACGACCACCGGAUUCCCGAACGAAUUUAAUAUGACUCUUCAGUGUGCUGAACGACAAUUCCAGUGCGGCAACGGGCAGUGCAUCCAUAAUAGUUUUGUUUGCGAUGGAGAAGAUGACUGCAAUGAUUAUAGUGAUGAGGAUGUACUUGUAUGCAAAGUAACAGAGAGCGUUUGUCCCGGUGACAAAUUCCGCUGCAAGAAUGGUAGAUGUAUCCUGAAGCGCUGGCAGUGCGAUGGUGAGCGUGACUGUGCCGAUGGUUCGGACGAGGAUCCCGAAAAAUGCCAGAGCAAAGUGUGCUCAUCGGAGGAAUUCACAUGUCGCAGCGGAACCGGAAACUGCAUCCCGCUGGGAUGGAUGUGCGACCAGAACCGUGACUGUGCCGACGGGUCCGAUGAGAUGUCCUGCAAUGAGACAUGCCGCUCGGACGAGUUCACCUGUGCGAAUGGUCGCUGCAUACAGAAACGUUGGGUUUGCGACCACGAUGACGACUGUGGUGAUAAAUCGGAUGAAAAAAACUGUCAACCCACCACGUGCGAUCCGCUGAAACAGUUUUCCUGUGCGGAAAAUUACUGCAUCACCAGCAAAUGGCGCUGUGACGGAGAACCCGACUGUCCGGACGGUUCCGACGAAAGGGGAUGCGCCAAUCUACCACCGGCUACCGUCUCCACCUGCCUACCGCUGGAGUAUCAAUGCAACGAUCGCAUCACCUGCAUCCACCGGAGCUGGAUCUGUGACGGCGAGAAGGAUUGUCCGAGAGGCGAUGAUGAAAUGCCACCGAUAUGUCAGAAUGUAACCUGCCGCUCGGACCAAUUCCAGUGCAAAAAGGAUAAAACGUGCAUCAAUGGGCAUUUCUACUGCAACGGCAAGAACGAUUGUUCCGACGGUAGUGACGAGCAGAACUGUGGUACCAACAGUCGCAGUGAGAAAUGCAACCCGAAGACAGAGUUUGAUUGUGGUGGUGGAAUGUGUAUACCGUUGUCGAAGGUUUGCGACAAGAAACCCGAUUGUCCCGAGUUUCAGGACGAGCCCGCUGACAGGUGUGGCAAGAACGAGUGUCUACAAAGCAACGGCGGCUGCUCGCAGCUGUGUGUGGAUACGCCUGCUGGGUUUUACUGCGAUUGUAAACCGGGCUUCAAAUUGGCCGACAAUCGAACGUGUGUCGACAUCAACGAAUGUGAGGAGCCUGGAUCGUGUUCGCAGAACUGCAUCAACGAGAUUGGAACGUUCAAGUGCGAAUGUAUGGACAAUUAUCUCCGGGAUCCGCGAGAUCAUACGCGGUGCAAAGCAAUGGAAGGGCAUGCCUCGCUACUGUUUGCACGACGACACGACAUCCGUAAGAUCUCGCUCGAUCAUCGCGAGAUGACGUCGAUUGUGAAUGACACCAAAUCGGCCACCGCACUCGAUUAUGUGUUUCGUACCGGUAUGAUCUACUGGAGUGAUGUUUCGGAGAAGCGAAUUUACAAGGCACCGAUUGACGAAGGUUCAGACAAGACGGUCGUGGUGAAGGACCCGCUGGUCACAUCGGAUGGUUUGGCCGUGGAUUGGAUCUACAAUCAUAUAUACUAUACGGACAUCAAAAAAUCAACUAUCGGAUUGACCAACUUUGAUGGCAAUAUGGGCAAGAUUUUGGUGCAGGACGAUUUGGAAAUUCCACGUGCCAUCGCGCUGGAUCCUAUUGAAGGCUGGAUGUACUGGACCGAUUGGGGCACCAACCCAAGAAUUGAACGAGCCGGUAUGGACGGUACGCAUCGACAGGUGAUUGUUAGCUACGAAGUAAAGUGGCCCAACGGAAUCACGCUAGAUUUGGUGCGAAAGCGUGUGUACUGGGUCGAUGCAAAGCUGAACGUGAUAUCGUCUUGCAACUACGAUGGUUCCAAGCGCUCGGUGAUUCUUUACUCCGCAGACUACUUACGGCAUCCGUUUUCGAUUACCACGUUCGAGGAUUAUGUGUACUGGACCGAUUGGGAUAAGGAAGCCGUAUUCAAAGCGAACAAAUUCACCGGCAAAGACAUCGAACCGGUAACAGCGAUGCACAUGCUACAACACCCAAUGACGAUCCACGUGUACCAUCCGUACCGUCAACCGGACGGUGUAAACCACUGUCAAGCGGUGAACGGCCACUGUUCGCAUCUGUGCCUACCGGCUCCACAGAUUAACUCCAACAGCCCCAAGAUUUCCUGUGCGUGCCCAACCGGACUGAAGCUGAUGAGUGACAGCCUAAUGUGUGUGGAAGACGAAAAAAGUCCAAUUGAUACGGCGAGCACUGGCGACGAUAAUAAGGGCAGUGGCAGCACUGGUACCAUCAGUAGGAACAAUGGUAUGAAUAGUAGUAGCUCCAACAAACACAUCGAGCACCACUCGAGUAACAUUUACGAUAGCAAUAAGGACAUCAUCGCUUCAUCCGCAAAUGUAUCCUCUCCCUACUCCAAUUCCUCUACAUCAUCAUCAUCAUCUUCUAGUUCUGUACCAUCCUCGACCCAGGGGGCAAAGAAUAACUGGCAAUCGACUAUUGCCCUGCCCGGGUUUAGGCCACCCGGACACGUCCCGAGUUCCUCCAGCAUCGCAAACAGCUUACAUCUUGCCGCCAUCUGUACCAACCUGACGCGCACGGUGGCAAUUAUGGAAAGUUUGAAAUCGUCCACCCGUACGGUACGGGACCGGACCGCACUGUACCAUUCGUACAUGAACCGGGUGGUCGCACCGAACCAAACGGAGGUGCGCCCGGUGCGGUACUCGUACUGGGAACAGCGUAAGCGAUUCAAUCUGCUUGAAAACCUUUUCCCCCGGGUCCCGGCCGACGCCAUCGAGCGGGCCAACGAGGCGGCCGCGGCCCAACAGCGGACACUCUACGAUAACGAGCUGUCCGCUUCCAUCCAGUAUGUGAGGUGGAUCUGCGAAAAGUAUCGAGCGACGAUGCGAAACGGUACCGACGGUACGCUCUUCCAUCCGGAUGUGGUCGAGGAUUCCGGCAAGGUCGGUUUAAUCGCCAUCUGCAUCCUCUUGGCGGUGAUCUGCGUCGUAGCAUUGAUUACGUUCUGCUUGUACCGCUACCACAUGCAUGGACGCGCGCAAACCAUGAACUUCGACAAUCCGGUUUAUCGGAAAACAACCGAGGACCAGUUCAGCCUGGAGAAGAAUAUGCAGAGCCGCAUAUAUCCGAGCACCGUUGGCGAAGAGGCACAGGAACCGCUCACCCGACCGGCCACCAACGAUUUUGUGUGA